AUGAAGAUAUACCUCAUCUCCAAGGGGUUAUGGGAAGCGGUUAACGCCACAUCUGGCGUCUCCGAGGCGAAGGAGCAGCAGGAGCAUGCGACAAUCGUGCUCAACUUGAGCGAUACUCAGCUCAUGCAUGUCAUUACAACGAGUAGUGCAUGCGAAGCAUGGGGAGCACUCGCGCGAGUUCAUCGGACCCAAGACAUGGCAAGUCGGCUGUGGCUAAAGGAGAAGUUUGCGACAUUCAAGUUUACGGCAUCGGACAUGAGCGCCCACGUUAUGGAGCUGGAGCGGCUCGUGCUGGAAAUGAAUGGAGCUUCGUGUGGACCAAGUGAAGAAGAUACGUGUGCAACGUUGCUGCGAAGUCUCCCGGCGCAAUACGAGGGACUGGUGCAGGCUUUUCGCAUGAGCGUCACACAAUUCAGCUUCAAAGAUCUGGUGAGCAAGCUGAUUGCCGAGGAAGUGCGCAAGAAGGAUUCGACGCGCAUUGAAGACGAGACAGCGCUACAUGUCGGCAAACGACAGGAAAAGAAAAGCUUUAACAAAAGGAGCGGUGGUCCGCGGAAGACGGGGUCAAGUGUUCAGUGCUUUAGCUGUGGUAAGCGCGGACACUACGCGCGAGACUGCAGGAAAAAGAAAGCUGAUAAUGGCGAGAGAAAAGAAGAUCACUCGAAUGUGGCGUUCACUGUCACUCAAGGAAAUACGAGCGACUGCUGUAUCAUGGACAGCGGCGCAACGGCGCACAUGUGCAAGGACAAAGACGCGUUUAUCGACUAUACGGCAUCACCGACGGCACGUAAUGUGAAAAGCGCGAAAAACAGUGCAAGCUUAAAGGUGCUUGGACAAGGCACGGUGGUCUUGCGUGUUUGGAAUGGCACUUUGUGGAUAAAUGCCCGGCUGGAAAAUACACUACACGUGCAAGAUCUCAACAAGAACCUGUUCUCACUGACAGCAGCUACUGCACGCGGGAUGACGGUUGAAAUCACCAGCGACGGGUGCAAUGUUUUGAAGAGCGGGCGAAUCGUCGCGACAGGAAAGCGAUGUGGUAUGCUUAUCAAUCUGAAUGUCGAAGAAAGUCCACAAUGCCGUAUUGUGGAGGAUGAAGCUGAACUGUGGCACCGCCGACUUGGACACGUGUCAUACUCAACUGUGAACAAGCUGAUUCAAGACGGCUGCAUUAAAGGAAAAUGCUUGGACUCGAAUGUCGUCUGUGACAUAUGUGCGACAGCCAAGCAAGUACGCAAGACUUUCCACAGCACUAAGGCUGAUGCAGAUGCAAGGGAGAGCCAUCGUAUGGACUCAAUCAUAUGCUCGGAUGUUUUAGGGCCGACAACACCAGCAUCAAGAUCGAACUAUCGAUACGUUGCGACGUUCAUGAUGAUGAACAGCCGCUUUGCGAUGGUAUUCCCGCUACGAAAAAUGAGUGAAGUCACGAAAGCAUUUAAAAGGUACUGUUACGAUAUCAAAAUCGAAUGCGGUUUGGACGUGAAGGUACUACGCAGUGAUAACGGCGGUGAGUACUAUAAUGACGAGAUGACUCGAUUCUGCCAUCAAGGGAUGAUAAAGCAAGAGUUCACAGUGCCGUAUAAUCCGGAGCAGAAUGGCAUGGCGGAGCGGCUUAAUCGCACACUAGUCAAGAUGACGCGCUGUAUGCUGAGCGAAUCCAAGAUGGAUAAAACAUUCUGGUGUGAGGCGAUGCUGACCGCUGAGGGUAUUCUCAACGUUCUUCCACAAGCUUCAAGUCCGAACCUAAGCCCGUUCGAGAUGGUGUUCAAGCGCAAACCUCGUAUGGAUAUAAUGCGCGUAUUUGGAAGUCUUUGCUACGCGCAUAUUCCCAAAUAA